AUGGUUCCUGUCCUUGAGAUGUUCACAGGCACACAGGGGUCAGUUUGUGGGCAAAUGACCGUGACAGUGACAGAGGCCAUGGUGGAGGGACCCAGACUCUCCUGUGGCAAUAAAAAGGAGAAAGUUUAUGCAGAAGGCUUGGCUGACUUUACUCCAGGCUGUGGGGCUUCACAGUCUUCUCUUUUCUGCUCAGGGCACCCGCCACUGGGGCUGCAUGCCAUCUCCACCGAUGAUGAGAAACUUGCAGCCAAGUACCACCUGAGCAGGAACGAGAUGGACAACCAGCCAGAAAGAGCUGGCCAGGGGCCAUUCUUCCCUCCUCACAACAGCUCCUCCCUGACCCUCUGGCUGAAUGGAAUGAGUCCUGACCCCUCAGUUUUCUGCCCCUGCCCUCCUCUCACCCCCAUCUCCAAGGAGCUCCUACUCAGCCUCCACCCCUUCUAUCCUGGGUACCCUCUGCUCCUGCCUCCACCUUACCUGUUCACCUACGGGGCCCUACCUUCUGUCCAAUGUCCCCAUCUCUUCAUGUUGCCCCAAGACACGUCCUACUCCACGGUGGCUGCAUCCUGCUUGCUGAGGACAGUCAAUGAUCCUGGGAUCUACAGUCCCCAGCGGGAGACCUUGCUUCUGUACCCUGGGGCCCUCCAAGCCUCUGGCCAAACCCUGCCCUCCCAGGCUAAGGAUCGAGACCCAGGAGCUGCCCAAACCUCCUCCCUGGGGAUGGGGAGUGCUGGUGUGGCAGCUCCAGCAAAGCAGACCCCUCUGGGCUCCAGGGAAGGCACCACAGGGCUGUCCUACCCGCUGAAGAAAGAGAACGGCAAAAUCCUGUAUGAGUGUAAUGUGUGCGGCAAGAGCUUCGGGCAGCUCUCCAACCUCAAGGUCCACCUGCGUGUGCACACCGGGGAGCGUCCAUUCCAGUGUGUCCUGUGCCAGAAGAGCUUCACUCAGCUCGCCCACCUGCAGAAGCACUACCUGGUGCAUACUGGGGAGCGCCCCCAUGAGUGUGUGAUGUGCCACAAGCGCUUCAGCAGUUCCAGCAACCUCAAGACCCACCUGCGCUUGCACUCCAGAGCCCCGCCUUUCCAAUGCAGUGUCUGCCCAAGUCGCUCUGCCCAGCACAUUCAUCUGAAGCUGCACCAUCGGCUACACAAGCCCCAGCCCUGCGACCUCUCUCACACCCACUUGCCCCUGGCCUCUCUCUCCUCCUGCCUUGCCCAUUGGCACCAGGGAGCACUAGAUCUUGUAAUGGUGCCAUCAUAGAGCAGACAAAUGGCCUGAGACAUGGACAAAGUCAAGGUGUCCUCAGCAUCCCAGGGAACCAGGGUAGCCAGCCUGAGUGGUGGCACCAGGAUGGCCCUGGGAAAUAGGCAGGGGCAAAGCAAUUAAAGGAUUUUCUC